AGCACCUGGUCUCAUGGAAGGAUCAUCAGGUGUGAGGAAAGGCACAUGGAGUCAAAUUGAAGAUGAUCUUCUCAAAGCUUGCGUGCAACUUUAUGGGGAAGGAAAUUGGCACCUUGUUCCUAAAAGAGCAGGGUUGAACAGAUGCCGCAAGAGUUGUAGAUUGAGAUGGUUGAACUAUCUUAAACCAAAUAUCAAGCGGGGAGAUUUCAGUGAAGAUGAAAUUGAUAUGAUGAUCAGAUUGCACAAGCUUUUGGGAAACAGAUGGUCCCUGAUUGCAGGAAGACUUCCGGGAAGAACCUCAAACGAUGUAAAAAAUUAUUGGAACACCUACGCACGCCGUAAAUUACACUCUCACAAGAAAGACAACAACAUAGAAAAGCAAGCUAGGGCCAAAACAACCGUGAAACCCCACGAAGUUAUAAAGCCUGUACCUCGAGCUUUAACAAAAACAUCCCCACGGUUGCAAGGGAAAUUCAUUAAUAGUUCAGAAGUUGGUGUUAGUCAUGAAGAAGGUGCAACUUCAAUAUCAGGGUCUGGGAAUUGGUGGGAAACUUUUUUAGAUGACAAGGAAGACAUUGAAGAAGGUAACAACAACAAAUGCUUCUUUGGUGGGGAAGAUGGAGCACUUGACCUUUGGGGUGAAGAGCUUAAUUCAAUUGCUUGUGACUUUCUUACACAAGGUGAAACUUGGAGCGAUUUUCUUCUUGACCUAGGGCUAGGAGAUUAGUGUGUGGUGUUUGUUUUCACAAGGGACCUCAAAUUCUAAUAUGCAAGUACAAAUCAAACUUACCUAACAUUUGAGUUUCCUUUGUAAAAUAUAUAUAUUCU